CAAUCAUAUUUAUUACUAAUGCGAGAAAUUUUGACAGAACCAGAAAUGAAACCAUAUUAUGACGAAGUAUCAUUUUUUCCCUUCCUCCCCCCCAUCCCCGUUUCUCUUUUUCCCUUUUACAACACAACACGAACAAAAAAAAAAACGAACAAUAUCGACAAUGAAAGUUUGGUUAUCUCUUGCACUUGGUGCAGCUGUUGUAGUUUAUGCAUACUAUAAUAUACAACAAGGUUUGGAGCCAUGGGCGCCGAAAUUAAUGAAUAUGUGCUUCAGUCCGGCCAAUACAGAUACUGAAGGUGAUCUUCGAGUUGCUUAUACGGGACUCUCCAAUACGCUGGACCGCUACUUGUGUUUUCUCGUCAACUUUUAUAAACAACCACUCCACGAUGUUGUUGGCGCUCCUCUUCUGAGGUUAAUGAUGGCGGCGUUUGGUACUGCUUACGCUCUCAUGACAUUCGAAGCAUCGCGUAGAGGUUUCAGGAAGACUCUCUUGAUGGCUUUCCCUCUCUUUGGUCUGUUAUCGCAUGUCUUUGGUAUCUAUGCCGUAUUUACGCUUUUCUGGGUUCCUUUGGAUCUUUAUUAUCAACACGGUAAGACCAAGAUUGACUACCAAAUCAAAGCUUAUGAAGCCUAUGGUAUCUUGAUCGCUCUUCUUUUGGGAUACAUGGUCCCUAGCGCUAUCAUGACGUCUCCUUUGAUCGGGGAGGACACCAAAGCUGAACAGAACUUUAUCUGUCUCUGGUUUGUUUUGCCUCUGUUACUGGUCCCUCUGGUCAGCGUAUGUCAAACAUUGUAUAAAAGGGGUGGCUCUUAUGUCGAUCGCAUCAAGAAUCGUGAAGUGAAAGAGCGUUUGUAUAUUGCUGAGGGCAAGGACGCUGUGGAAAGAUCCUACAUCACACUGGGCAUCAUCAAUAUGUUUCUCUAUUUCGGUUCUUGUUGGUGGAUUACUCAACAGGGUAUCUAUCUUUGGGACGCGAUUGUUUUAUUGCUCAAAGCUCCUGGUACCCUUCCUGCUGACUUGACCUACGGUGAAUUGGGACAGCUUCUCACUACACGUACUUUGUUGAUUGAAUAUAUCGUUUUGGCAGUUGGAUUUAUUUUAUGGGCUACCUUCAACAGCGGCAUGUUGAUCGGUUUGGCAGUGGCUUUGGGAACGCCUUUUGUCGGCCCCGCUGCUGCUGUUUCUUUCUACGCCUACUGGAGAGAAAAUCAUAUUCAAAAUCUGACAUCUUCUAAUCGUGCUGAGGCAGCUGCUCUCCAACAAGCUAUCAAUAAAGCAGAAGAAGCCAUGAGCAAGAGACAGGAAACUGUAAGCAAGAAGAGCAAGAAAAUCAACUAAAAGUACAUCUCAGCAUCUACAACAUCUCUUUAGCAUACAGUAUUUGUAAAAAUAUUUUCUUUUUUUUUUAUUAUUACUGCUUCUCGGCUAACUCUAUAGCAUUCUUCUCCUACUCUCCUUAUUUCUUUUCUGUAUAUUUCUUUUUCAUUUUGUAAUUUCUACUUAAUAAACUCUAAUAGUUAUGUAUACGCAAAGUUUUGGCAAAGAAAGAAGCGGAACAGAUGAGAGAGUUAGUUAUAGAGUGAUUAGAAAAGAAAAGUCU